AUCAUCACUUCUGAGUUUGUUUGUUUGAAGAUAAGAAAAGAGGUCUUGAAGAAGACAGUCAUGGCGUCGAUAUCAGUGGCAUCCUGCUCACCAUGGCUCUCCACCAGAGACACACGUCUACAAAAGCCCUCUGCUUCUCUCACUCUACUCACUGGUUCAAGAACCACCUCUCUUUCCAUGAAUGUGACCAAAAAUGCGACCUCUCGCCUCCUCCACUGUUCCUUCCUCUCUUCUUCUUCUACUUCUUCUCAGUUGGGAUUUCCUUCUUCUCUUUCAGGUUUAUCAUUUGGUGUGGAGUUAAGGUCUAACAUUGGGUUGAGAAGAGGAAAACAUGGUGGGUUAGUGGUUAGGGCAGGGAAGGCUGCUCUUUGUCUAACUAAAAGAAGUAGAUCUCGAAAAUCAUUAGCUCGAACACAUGGUUUUCGCAGGCGAAUGAGGACUACCAGUGGAAGGGCGGUGUUGAAGCGUAGACGCGCCAAAGGACGAAAGGUCCUCUGCACCAAAUCCAACCCCAGCAGUGGCAAACGCGCUUAACUGAACCAGUUUUAGCAACUUAUGUAUUCAUGUCAAUGCCUCAUAUUUUAAAUGUACCUUUCAUUCAUGCCUUUUGCUUUGGCUUUGGCUUUUGUAUUGUUUCAUCAAAAUCAAACAAUUUCACUUAUUGAAUUUUCAGUGUGUUUUGUUUCUUCA